AGUGGGUGCGCAUUUAUUUUGGCAGCUGCACCGCUGCCUCCGUUUUUUCUUCUUUGCCUCUCCUGAGGAUUUUGCUGCUGUAGAGUCAAAUCAACAGCGAAAGCGGCUUCUACGCCGACGGAGUUUCUUACACAGUUUUUCUUUUUUUGAAGUAAUUGUUUUUCGCCUUUCCAUGAAGGCAAACAGCCGUGUCUCGCCCUCGCCCUUCUCGGAGACGGCAGUGAAGGCGUCGUCGCCGUCUGCCUCGCCGUCGCUCCCCCACGGCGCGUCCUCCAACGGUCGCGCCUUCCCGCUCUCCUCGCUGAAAAGACGCACACCGAGUCAUCCUCGUCGGCCGUCGCAACAGAGCCAGUCAUCCGCGUCGUCUUCCCCUUCCGCCACCUCGCGACCUCUCACCCCCGCCAGACCGGCGAGUCCUCCUCUCGCUUCUCCGCAGACGUCGGGACAGUGGGCAGAGGAGGCAGCAAGAACAGUCGGCGCAGAUGCCACACCAACUUUUGCCUCUCAGGCGGCGAUGUCGCCGCUUGCACGGGCAUUGCAGGCGCGGUGGCGGCAGCAGCAGCAGGACAUGUUAAGCCCCUCCGCCCUCACCGUCGACCGGCGGCAGCACACCACUGCAGAGCAAGACGCCCUGCGUGUGCUCGGCUCUAUCGCGAAGUGGGUCGCGAUGGCCGUCGAGGACGCCGCGCACACCGUCCCCUAUCUCCUCGCCUUCGCUGUCGCCCCGCUGCCCUCGCUGCGGACUCAGGUGGUGGCGCUGGCGGCGCUGCGCGGGGUGCUGUCUUCACUACCCGGUGUGUACGGCACCGACGCUGCCCGUGCGUUCGUGGAGGACCUAUUUCUGGGGGAGCAUCAGGCCCUGAAGGCACUGAGUCUGUCUGCGCUGGUUGCGGUGGACGGCUCGCCUAGUGAAGGAGGCAACGUGAAGGGUGCCUCGCCGUUGCCCUCGGCUGCAUCGUCAUCGUCAUCCUCCUCCUCCUUGCUCAAACGCCGAGGCGGGCACCGCAGUCUUCUCUCCCGCGGUGGUCCCGCGGUUCGAGGAGAGCUUGGAAUGAUCAAUGGCGAGCUCUCCUCCACCUCUCCUCGUAACGCCCAUGCUCCCCGGCAGUUCAUCUCGUCUACGCGCCGCAACUCCCCCUCUCACGUAGUGCAAGAGGAGGCACCAGCAGUACAAUCCGCAAGCAAGGCAGCCGAACUGCGCAGCCGCGUCGCGCACAUCAGCCUGUGCUUACUGAACGAUGCGGCCACGCUCUGCCGUUCCAUCGCAGAUGCCCUCCUGUCCAGCGACGCCUUGCUGAAGGCUUCCCUGCGCUUCCUCGCCACCGCCGCCGCCGCCGCGACUCCGCAAGCCAUUGCACCGUCUUCUGCAGCCACGAAAACCUUCGAUAGCACUCAACGCAACGCCGCGGACAUCAUUCGCGUUCUGCUGACUCUUCUCACGACGGAGCCGGCGCAGGAUAACGAAGUGGCAUUGGUGCUCUGCAGCUACGAUGCCCCGCGUGCCGUGUGUACUCUCGCGCAGAGCUUGCUGUACCCGUCCUAUGACGCCCGCGGCGCCGUGCGCGAAGCCGCGACCGUCGACGAAGGCGGAGGCGAAGCAGCGGAGAGGCUCCUGUGGAAUUCGCUGAAGGUGCUGGGCUGGCUGACGCGCGGGUGCCCGUCCGGCUUGAAACACUACCUGCGCGAGUGCAAGUCCCUCGCCUCGUUUCUCUUCCACGCGCUCACUGUGCCAGUGGCCGAGAUACGCGAGGCGGCCGCGUUGUGGCUCGCCGCACUCUUAGAGACCCAGGCCCACGCUUCUCUGCCGCUGGUGAAUGAACUCCUCGAUUGCAUGCCCGCCACUGCCACCACGACUGCCGCAGAAGCGGGCGUGUCCACCAUGGGAGCUUUGGUGGAGAUGCUGCGCUGGCGGGGUGCGCAGAUGCACGUGUACGGCGUUGCAGCCAUCGUGUGUUGGCGGUGGAUGCUGCUGUCCCACCCAUCUCGUGUCGCCGCGGUGCUACAGCGGGACUCCAGCCUGCUCGCCACGCUGAUGGAGCUUAUCCUGCGUAUUUCGCCUUCGUCCGCUACGCUGGUGGAGGAUACGGUGGGAACUGCAUCGGACGUCUCAGCUCACCGAAGAAUACGCGGAGCAGAAGAGAAGAGCCCCUCGCAAUGCCCCGCAAAGGCUUCCAGCGGCGCCCGAGAGUUAGCGUCCGCCUCGCUUCCGCUGCGCUUGAUGGCCCUGGAGGCGGUGCACGUGUUGACGCUCUCUUUCGCGCUGGGCAGCCUUGAAACACGCGCGCGACUGGCAGCGCAGCUCGUCGGCGGCUCGCUCUCUCCCACCACCCUCCGCCGCCUGCGUGAGGCCGCACACUACCUCAUAGAAAAGACCCACCCCGCGUACUACGACGCCUUCCCAGCGAUGGAGGUGAAGCUCGCCGAGCCGGAGCUCAGCGCGGGCAUGCGACGCGCCGGGGCAACACUCAACCCACCGACCGCUGUCGCCGUCAGGAGCAGCGAGUUGGACAUCGCACCCGCCUCACCGCCCAGAGCAACCACAAGCGUGGUGGUGCGUAUUACAGCAGGUGGGCAGUGGCGCCAGCUGAUCGUGGAGAGUCUGGCAGAGUUGACCGCGGGCGAGCCGGCGGGGUCCAGCGAACUUGUCGCCGCCACUCGCACGUUGUCCUUGACGGCACCCUCGUCGUCCUCGUCGCGGAGGCGGACAGGGGGUGCGUCGCGGCAGUCCGCCAGCGACCGCCAGCACCACCACCAACUUCCGCUGCUGUCGCCUCCACCGCACCUACACAGCGCGACCUUCGGCCUGUCUUUAAGCGGGGACGCGGACGCUGUCGCGCCGAUUCGUGUGCUGGGCGCCGCAUUUCCCUCGUCUUCGUGGGGCAGUGGCGAAGGUGCAGAACCAGCAAAGGGUGACGGCAAUGAUGAUGAUGAGCACGUGGACGAAGAGGAGCAUCGAGUCGAUAUCCACUCCAUCGUCUCCGCCUCUCUUGCCGAAGGUCAGGGUGGCGCCGUCGUUCCGGCCGCCACCGCACUGCGCAUGCCGCGCACCGUGCGGGAGGCGACGCUGCUUCCGACAAGCCAAAGCACAACUAGUUUUCGCUUUCGCGUGGUGCAGCAGGCGGAGGGGCUCGGCGGUCUCUUUGUGCAAGACAGCAUGUGCACCGUCCUCCAUCUGGCGCAGCACUACACGUCGUCCAAAGAACCCGCAUGGGCAGGGCAGGACAGAAGGCGUGCCUCACAGAUGCGAGAAAAGGCACACACGAGUCUCACAGAUGCGUUGCACGUGGAUGCGUUGGCGCAUCCGCGCGGCACAUCGCCCAGCGCCGUUUUCGGCUCUGCACCCCGCUUUGACCGCACCCUCUCCCCCACGAAGCGCAAUCCGUUUUCCCCGGUCGCGAAGGUGACGAAUUCUGACCGUGCGUGGUCGAUUCAGGCGUUGCGGCGCGAAGACGUGCUGCUCUUUCUUAUUCGCUACGCACGCCUCAUGACGGAGCUGCCGGAGGCGAUUGAGGCCGUGGAGGAUCAUCUGUACUACCUUCGACGGCAGCUGCAACUGUGCCCCACGCGAGACGUGCGCCGUCGCUGCGUGCUAAAUGACCUGUACAUGAACGUGUACCCCAGCAUGCAUCUCUUUCUGCGUUUCAUCAAUCAGCAAGCACGGCGGUCUCGUGGGGUGCUGCAGAUGUUGUCGUCGUUGAACGGUGGCACGAUUCACUCGGGGAACUUGCUGGAGGCCUACGAUGCUGUGGGCCAGUGCGUGGGAUUGUUUGCGGUGGAGUGA